AGCCUCUUCCUGUUUCAGCCAAUCACGGAGCAGAGGGCCGGGCUACCGGGGAAAAGAGGGGCAAAGCCCCCUUUCGCUCCGGCGUUGGUGCGAGUGGAUCGGCGAUUCGGUAGAUGAGGCGAUCGUGAAGAGCUGAAGGCAGAGAUGAAGAAGUGACCUUCAGAGCUGACCACAUUUACAUAAGCUAUGAGGACUAAAGAAGAAGCACCGAAGGACCGUGGCUAUUUAGUGGGAAUCAUUUUCUUCAUCCUUGGCCUGGGAACACUGCUGCCAUGGAAUUUCUUCAUGACUGCCUCCAUGUAUUUCAACAACAGACUCGACACCCCUGAGAACAGUAAUGGAACGGUCACUGCUAAGAAAGAGUACUACUUCAACAACUGGAUGACUUUGCUAUCCCAGCUGCCACUGCUGCUUUUCACCCUGCUCAACUCCAUCCUCUACCAGCGGGUUUCUGAGAAGAUGCGGAUAGCAGGCAGCCUGGUCUUCAUCCUCAUUCUCUUCAUCCUCACCGCCAUCCUGGUGAAGGUUCCCAUGGAAAAUGACCGCUUCUUCUCCAUCACUAUGGCAACCAUCUGGUUCAUCAACUCUUUCGGGGCUGUGCUGCAGGGCAGUCUUUUUGGUUUAGUUGGACUGCUGCCUCAGAAGUACAGUGCGGUGUUUAUGAGUGGACAGGGCCUGGGUGGAACCUUCGCUGCUGUCGCCAUGCUCUUGGCCAUCGCAAGUGAAGCAGAAGAUAAGACUGCAGCGCUGGGAUAUUUCAUCGCUCCAUGUGUGGGGACUGUAGUAACGCUCAUCAGCUACUUACUGCUGCCCAAACUGGAAUUUGCUAGGUUUUAUCUGGAUAAGAGUACAAGUCAGACCUAUGAAGUGGAUACUUCCCACCAACUGCUGCCUAAAGACACCCCACAGGAAAGCAUUGAGCUGAACGGUCAUGCUAACGGCUCAGUGCCCAAUGAAAACCCCAAUGGUUCGGCCAGUGAGGAAGGUGAUGUUGGCAGGCAAGCCUUUGUCAGUCUGGAGACUACUAAUGCUAAAGAGACAAAAAGCUCCGUCCUAGAGGUGUUCAAAAAGAUCUGGGUAAUGGCGUUUUGUGUAACGUUCAUAUUCACAGUCACACUCUCGGUCUUCCCCGCCGUCACAGUGGAUGUGAAGACCGUUUACUCAGGAAAAUGGGAACUCUAUUUUAGCCCUGUAUGUUGCUUCCUGGUUUUUAAUUUAAUGGACUGGACUGGGAGAACGGUCACUUCUCUUGUGCAGUGGCCUCCAAAGGAAAGUCGAUUAUUUCCGAUGCUGGUGGUUUUUCGGGUGAUCUUUGUGCCUCUGCUGAUGCUGUGUAACGUUCAGGAGCGGCACUUCCUCCCUGUGUUCUUCUCUAAUGACGUGUUGUUCGUCAUUAUUAUGAUGCUCUUCUCCAUCUCCAGUGGAUACGGCGUCUGCCUCUCCAUGUCUUAUGCACCACAGCUGGUGGCUCCAAAGGAUGCAGAGACAGCAGGAGCUUUGAUGACGUUUUUCUUGGCAUCGGGUCUGUCACUGGGAGCUGCUUUCUCUUUCCCACUGCGCUUACUUGUGUAGCCAGAUGCUUCUUCAUCUAAGCCAAAACCCUGUCCAAAAAGUCUUCUGAGAUGACCAGGCCCUACUAAUCUUCCUUCUUACUGCCGUAACCUCCAUUCAUCACCAUCCGAAAGGUGAGAUGUCCCAUCAUCAAUCAGCCUGCUCUUCGACAAAAAGGCCUUGAUGCUCAUCAUCGAAUUCUGGAGGAAUCUGCAUGGUGAAAGAAGAAAUACUGAACAGGAAAGGGCUGUUAUUGUUCUUUUGGGUGCUCUGGCUUAAAAAGUAUUUUAAGUAGCAUGUAUUAGAUUAAAAUCUUUGAAAAGGGAGAUGGUGAGGACAACUAAAUUAAAGGGAUGGAUGUAGAUCUCAACAUCAUUAAAACCAUCUUCAAAUGAAUUUGAACCAUAACAAAAACACUGCCACCUCUGAGAAUACUCCUGGAAAUAAAUGUGUCAGAAUGGUUUUGAAUCAAUGCCACAGAAGAACCACUCUUAGUUCCUUCAUGAACCUUUAAAUAAAUGGUUGAAGGUUUGAAGGACAAUUUCUGAAAAUUAGAUGUGUGAGUGUGAAAGACCUUUUUAUCUCCACAUUCUGUCAAAGGUUUUCCCCAGAACCUUAUGUCCAAGCCAAGAACUGUUUAGACAAUUUUAUUUUUGAGAGUGAAGCUCAUAUGUAGUUGAUUAAAAUAUCUCAUAGGUGUACUUAUCCUAAAGCUGGUCUAUAAGGUUAGUAGAUGUUUUACUGUGUUUUUUUUUUUUUUUUUUUUUUUUUUUUUUUUCCCCCCAUUAUUUAGAAUUUUCUGAAGGACAUUUUUGCCUAAAGCAUUACUCAGAGGGCCAAAAGCAGACAGGAUGGAUCACAGUACUGUUGCCUUUAAAGGGAUAACCAUGGUAGUCGCUAUGGCAAACAAGGUACAGUUUGAAGAUAUGUCAUGAGAAAAGCAAGAAAAAUGAAAGGGAUACACCAAUAAGAGUUACCAGUGACUUCACAAGCUGCUCAGGAACAUCUGCAAUGUGUGAAAUUAAAAUGUAAAAGGAAAAAUAAGACACAACUUUGGUUUUUGGUUUGACUUUCUCUCUUCCUCUUUCAGACAUGAAAGAGGAAGGAACAGAAACUCCUGUCGAGUUUGUUUUUGCUUGUUUCUUUAAUUAUAACUGAAUGAAUUUCUCCAAGCUGUUUAUUUCAUACUGGUCUGAACACUCACAAUGUCCGUGACCUUCUGACAACUAAAAGGGAACAACAUUACUGACCACACAGCACAUUUAGGACAGUGUUAAAAGCUGAAAGGCCUAUAGCCAAGUAGGUCACUUUUCAUCGGGUCACGUAAACCUCGAUGUAAAUAUUCAUUUACUUACAUUAUUUAUUUUGUCAAUUUGGGACAAUAACUGAAUUAACUGACCAUAACAGUGAUGCUAAAAAUCAUGAUAAUUGGGAGUGAUGGAUUGUUUUAAUCAUUAAUGAAAAAAAAUUUUUUUCAGCAUUAAUCUAUGAAGAACUCUGCCAAGUAAAAUAGGCAGGUUCAUAUUGCUUAAAAAAAAAAAUUCAUUCAUUAAAAAAAAAGGCAGCUGCUCUUUUACAUUGUG